UCUUAUUAAUGUACACUCAGCACCCCAUCUUAACAGAAAAAAACAGAAAUGUUGACAUUUUUGCAAAUUUAUUAAAAAAGAAAAACUGAAAUAUCACAUGGUCAUAAGCAUUCAGACCCUUUGCUGUGACAUGACAUGUAAAGUCCUUUAAUAUGUUUGUGAUAUAUCUUUUUUAUGUUGUUGUUUGAUUGCACCUUGUCGAACCGGUCUGGGAAGUCUAAAUCUCAAUAUCUGAAAAUCUGAGUUAGUUUCAUUUCCUUCAGAUGUGGCUGAAGGUUUUCAAUCUGGGGAAACGAAAGUGAAGGAGAGGGAGAUCACAACACACACAGAUGCGUUCAAAGGAUGGGAAGGUGCAGCCAUAAAUAGGCUAUGUGAUAUUUAAUCUUAUUUUUUUAAUCUGUCAAUUACGCAAUCACGACAUUUGAUGAGUUGUGUUUCAGACGUUUCGGUCGAAAGUCAAGAAGAAACGAAAGUUAAAGAGUGUUAUUGUAGUCAUUUACACGGAAAUGCCCCGCCUCGUUGUGUUGGUGAACAUUUAAAGCUGCGUGCUCAGCGACAUCUCAUCAUUUCUACUCGCGAGGCCAGAGCAUCAGGAGCAGCAAGCAGCCGCACUAACUCAGAGAACUGACCGAGUUGAGGAAACAGCUGCAUGAUGGCUUGUUCUCAGAGUAAAAAACAACUAGUGGCAAAACUGGAGGCCCUGCAGUGUCACUUCACCUGGAAUAUGGAGACCAACAAGAAGAAACUUUUACGUAUCAACGACAUGCUGGUGGACAUCGGCACAGAGGAGGGAAACAGCUGGCUGGGUCACAUCUACAACCUGCAGGGGUUCAUUCAGUACCAGCUGGGCUCCACCGAAGACGCCCAGAGUUUCUUCAACAAGGCUGCAGAGGCCUUCCGCCAGAUGAGGAAAGCAGAUGGCGGUCCCUGGUUAGUGGUGAACUACGGGAACCUGGCUUGGCUGCACCACCACCUGGGAGACCAGGCAGAGAGCGAGGCCUACCUGUCAAAGGUAGACGCCUUGAUGAAGAAAUACCCAUCACCAUCGCAGGACGAGCUCCAUGCAGAGACCUACGCUGAGAAAGCCUGGACCCUGAUGAAGUUCAGCACAGACAGAGAGCUGGUGGCAGAUUGCUUCCAGAGAGCCAUCAAGAUGCAGCCAGAGAUGGUGGAGUGGAACACCAGUUACGUCUUAGGGUUAGUGAGUGACUUUAAGUACAGAGACAACGAGGUGGAGGCUGACAUCUUGGAGAAAAUGAGAGUCGCCCAGGAACAGGAUCCAGAGAACUUCUACCUCGCUGCUUGCUACCUUGAGCAACGUGGAAAGAAAGGAGAAGACGUUAAGGAUGAAGCACGUGAGUUGGCCGUAAAGGUUUUGAGAAAUCCCGUCAGCAGCUACAAUGGCAUUAAAGCGAUACUAAGGGUUUACAGAAACUACGUUUCUAUUGAUGAGGCCAUUGCUCUGGCAGAGGAGGCUCUGGAACUCCAUCCAGAUGAGCGCUAUCUGAAGAGAUGUGCUGCACUCUGUCUGAAAUGGAAGAUCAUUUUUUCCUGGGACCGUCACACAAAGCAAAGCAUGAUAGACAGAGCAGUCAGUCUCCAUGAGGAGGUGAUUUCUCUCUACCCUGAUUCUUCACUUGUGAAGAAAAUAGACCUUGCAAAUAUACACGCAAAGUCAAAUAAUGGCAUGGAUAGAGCUGACCAGAUGUACCAGGACCUGCUAAUAUUGGAUCUGGAACCGGCAGAGAAACAGCUCCUCUACAACCAAUACGCAAAAUAUUUAAAAUUCGAUCGAAAUGAUUCCAACCAGUCAGUACGGUACCACAUGAAGGCGGCAGUGAUACCGGUACAAUCCUUCUAUCGUGCGAACAGCAUCAAUCUUCUGGAGAAGAUCAAAAAUAAAAGCUGGAACCGAAUGGGUAGAGAAAUAGAGGAGUUUCUGGAAAACCUGCAAGAGCCAUAGUGUUUGUUUUUUACAACACUGAUCCUAGUUCUGGAAACAAAAGAUAUUGCUAAAGAAAAAUCUGAAAAUACUUAUAAAUUGAUGAGUUGUUUCCUUUGGUGGCAGGUGUUUUUACAGGUUUUUAGUUAAUGGGGGAAAAAGGCUUUAAAAAACUAUAUAAAAAAAUAUUGUCAUUUGUAUCACGGACUGAUCAUUCAAUAUACCACGGGUCUUUUAAAUAACAUCCACUGUGACAUGUUUAAAGUCAUUAUCAUAAAUAAAUAUUACUUGGUUCAUUACAAUAGAUCUUGAUCAUAUGUUGUGUUUGUUAUAUUCCUGUUUUGUGUUGUUUCCUCUCCUAGCACUGAAUGUCACGUAAGAGCAUUUAUACUUCUACAGUACAUGAAAUCUGCUUUGCUGUAUGUAAAAUAUUUUAGUAUAAUUAGUCAAUUUGAUGCACGCUGUAAACUGAAUAUUAGAGCCAGAUGAGUGUAUGGAUUAAAAGGAUGUCAAGCUGUGUCUCAGUUGUACACAGUUGCCUACCAAUACUAUUAAAUAUAAUAUGUG